GCUAAUGACUGACAACUCAGAAGAGAGAAAAAUCUUUGAGGGAAGAUGGAUGCAAAAGCUCGAAAUUGUUUGCUUCAACACAGAGAAGCUCUGGAAAGAGACAUCAAGACAUCCUAUAUCAUGGAUCACAUGAUUAGUGAUGGAGUUUUAACAAUAUCAGAGGAGGAAAAAGUGAAGAUUGAGCCCACUCAACAACAGCGAGCAGCUAUGCUAAUUAAAAUGAUUCUUAAAAAAGAUAAUUAUUCCUAUAUCUCCUUCUACAAUGCUUUACUGCACGAAGGCUAUAAAGAUCUGGCCGCUCUUUUGCAUAGUGGUAUUCCUGUUGUCUCAUCUUACAAUGGCAAAGAUUCGGAUGGUGGGAUAACUUCAUAUGUAAGGACGGUCCUGUGUGAAGGUGGAGUACCACAGAGGCCAGUUGUUUUUGUUACUCGGAAGAAACUGGUUAAUGCAAUUCAACAGAAGCUCUUCAAACUGAAUGGUGAACCAGGAUGGGUCACUGUGUAUGGAAUGGCAGGCUGUGGGAAAUCUGUAUUAGCUGCCGAAGCUGUUCGAGAUCAUUCUCUCCUAGAAGGUUGCUUCCCAGGGGGUGUGCAUUGGGUAUCAGUCGGUAAACAAGAUAAAUCUGGGCUUCUGAUGAAACUUCAGAAUCUUUGCACACGCUUGGAUCACGAUGAUAGUUUCUCCCAGAGGCUUCCACUUAAUAUCGAAGAGGCUAAAGACCGUCUUCGCAUUCUGAUGCUGCGCAAACAUCCAAGGUCUCUCUUGAUCUUAGAUGACAUUUGGGAUUCUUGGGUUUUAAAAGCUUUUGACAAUCAAUGUCAAAUUCUUCUUACUACCAGAGACAAGAGUGUUACAGAUUCAGUAAUGGGCCCUAAAUAUGUUGUUCCUGUGGAGAGUGGCUUAGGAAAGGAAAAAGGACUGGAAAUUUUAUCCCUUUUUGUUAAUAUGAAGAAAGCAGAUUUGCCAGAACAAGCUCAUAGUAUUAUAAGAGAAUGUAAAGGUUCUCCUCUUGUUGUGUCUUUAAUUGGUGCACUUUUACGUGAUUUUCCCAAUCGUUGGGAGUACUACCUCAGGCAGCUUCAGAAUAAGCAAUUUAAGAGAAUCAGGAAAUCUUCAUCUUAUGAUUAUGAGGCUCUGGAUGAAGCUAUGUCUAUAAGUGUUGAAAUGCUCAGAGAGGACAUGAAGAAUUAUUACACAGAUCUUUCUAUCCUUCAAAAGGAUGUCAAAGUGCCUGCACAGGUAUUAUGUAUUCUCUGGGAUAUGGAAACGGAAGAAGUUGAAGACAUACUGCAAGAGUUUGUGAAUAAGUCUCUGCUAUUCUGCGAUAGGAAUGGAAAGUCAUUUCGUUAUUAUUUGCAUGAUCUUCAGGUAGAUUUCCUUACAGAGAAGAAUCGCAACCAGCUUCAGGAUCUGCAUAAGAAGAUGAUUACUCAGUUCCAGAGGCAUCGCCAGCUUCAUACUCUUUCACCUGAUCAAGAGGACUGCAUGUACUGGUACAACUUUCUGGCCUGUCACAUGGCCAGUGCCAACAUGCACAAAGAACUGUGUGCUCUAAUGUUUUCCCUGGAUUGGAUUAAAGCAAAAACAGAACUUGUAGGCCCUGCUCAUCUGAUUCAUGAAUUUGUAGAAUAUAGACAUAUAUUGGAUGAAAAGGAUUGCACAGUCUGUGAGAAUUUUCAGGAGUUUUUAUCUUUAAAUGGACACCUUCUUGGACGACAGCCAUUUCCUAAUAUUGUGCAGCUGGGUCUCUGUGAACCGGAAGCUUCAGAAGUUUAUCAGCAAGCUAAGCUACGGGCCAAGCAGGAGGUCGAUAAUGGAAGGCUGUACCUGGAGUGGAUAAACAAAAAAACCAUCAAGAAUCUCUCCCGCUUAGUUGUCCGCCCCCAUACAGAUGCUGUUUACCAUGCUUGCUUUUCUGAGGAUGGUCAGAGAAUUGCAUCUUGUGGGGCUGAUAAGACCUUACAGGUGUUCAAAGCUGAAACAGGAGAGAAACUUCUAGAAAUCAAGGCUCAUGAAGAUGAAGUGCUCUGCUGUGCAUUUUCUACAGAUGACAGAUUUAUAGCAACUUGCUCAGUAGAUAAAAAAGUAAAGAUUUGGAAUUCUGUGACUGGAGAGCUAGUACAUACCUGCGAUGAGCACUCAGAGCAGGUCAACUGCUGUCAUUUCACCUGCAACAGUCAUCACCUUCUCUUAGCCACCGGGUCAAAUGAUUGCUUCCUCAAACUCUGGGAUUUGAAUCAAAAAGGAUGUCGAAAUACUUUAUUUGGGCACACAAAUUCAGUCAAUCAUUGCAGAUUUUCACCAGAUGAUAAGCUUUUGGCCAGUUGUUCAGCUGAUGGAACAUUAAAGCUUUGGGAUGUGAAAUCCGCAAAUGAGAGAAGAAGCAUUAAUGUGAAGCAGUGCUUCCUGAAUUCAGAGGAGUCUCAAGAUGACAUGGAAGUAAUAGUGAAGUGUUGUUCCUGGUUUGCUGACGGUACCAGAAUCAUGGUGGCAGCCAAAAACAGAAUCUUUCUUUUUGACAUUGGUACCAGUGAACUUUUGGCAAAAAUACAUACAGGACAUCAUAGUACCAUCCAGUAUUGUGACUUUUCUCCUCAUAACCAAUUGGCAGUGGUGGCUUUGUCUCAAUACUGUGUGGAGUUGUGGAAUAUGGACUCCUGUUUAAAAGUAGCUGACUGCAGAGGACAUUUAAGUUGGGUUCAUUCUGUGAUGUUUUCUCCGGAUGGAUCAUUAUUUCUGACCUCUUCAGAUGACCAGACAAUCAGGCUCUGGGAGAUAGAGAAAGUAUGUAAGAACUCGGCUGUAGUAUUAAAGCAAGAAGUGGAUGUUGUUUUUCAUGAGAAUGAAGUGAUGGUUCUUGCAGUUGACAAUAUAAAACAUCUCCAACUCAUUAAUGGAAAAACAGGUCAGAUCGAUUAUCUGACUGAAGCUCAAGUUAGUUGCUGUUGUUUAAGUCCACACCUUGAGUAUGUUGCAUUUGGAGAUGAAGAUGGGGCCAUUAAGAUUUUAGAACUUCUAAAUGGCAAAAUCUUCCAGUCCAGGAUUGGACACAAGAAGGCUGUACGGCACAUUCAGUUCACAGCAGAUGGGGAGACUCUUGUUUCAAGCUCUGAUGAUUCUGCAAUUCAGGUGUGGAAUUGGCGCUCAGAGAAGCAAUAUAUCUUUCUGCAAGCCCAUCAAGAAACUGUGAAAGACUUCAGACUCUUGAAAAAUUCAAGAUUGUUUUCUUGGUCAUUUGAUGGAACAGUGAAGGUAUGGAAUAUUAUUACUGGAAAAAUAGAAAAAGAUUUUGACUGCCACCAGGCUACAGUCCUCUCUUGUGAUAUUUCUCCUGAUGGUACCAAAUUUUCAUCUGCUUCUGCUGACAAGACUGCAAAGAUUUGGAGUUUUGAGCUCUCUUCCCCACUUCAUGAACUGAGGGGCCACAAAGGCUGCGUGCGCUGCUCUCUCUUCUCUGCAGACAGUACCCUGCUGGCGACUGGAGAUGACAAUGGAGAAGUCCGGAUAUGGAAUGUCUCAAACGGUGAGCUGCUUCAUUUGUGUGCUCCGAUUUCAGCAGAAGAGGGAGUUGCUACCCAUGGAGGCUGGGUGACUGACCUUUGCUUUUCUCCAGAUGGCAAAAUGCUUGUCUCUGCUGGGGGCUAUCUUAAGUGGUGGAAUGUUGUCACUGGGGAAUCUCUACAGACCUUCUACACAAAUGGAACCAAUCUGAAGAAGAUACACGUGUCUCCUGACUUCAGAACAUACGUGACUGUUGAUAAUCUUGGUAUUUUAUAUAUUUUACAGAUUUUAGAGUAG